AAUACGAUCUAGAUUCUAGACUAGAGACUAGAUCUAGUCGACCACUCGACUGAAAAAGUUUCAGUAUGUUUUCAAACAGUCAUCAUAGUCUUUGAUAAUUUUUUCUUCAGACGUAGUGAUAUAAAAAAGGACUCUAAUGUCCCAUUUAAGUUAAUUAUUUACACAUCUGUAACAAUAUUACUUCUGUAAUAUGUUAUGAACAGAUAUUUGUAUAGGUUAUAUUUAUAGCUUGGAAGAUUAGUUACAUAUGCUGUAUUUGUAAAGAGAUUGAGUUAUAUCAGAGAUGGCAGUUUUUAAAAUUGUGUCCUGUCUGUAAACAAUGAACUUCUUCUAAAUAAGCUGGGAAAGAAGACUUAUAGAAAAAUACUUCUUAUCUUAUAUGAAAUUGGCUAUGAAUGUGUUAUAAGAUAUUUUUAUGUUUAUUUAAAUUAUGCUAUGACAUAAAAUAGAAUACUAAUAUCCAAGCAAAUAUUAUAUUUGAUGACAUAUGUAAACAAAGUUGACACACAACAUUCAGAUUACAGUAACUGUAAGGAAGUCCAUGCAGCUAAUUGUUAAAUUAAAUUAGAGCAUACUGUUCAGAUGGAAAGUUAUAAAAAUAAUAAAUUUGUAACCAUGUUACAGAAAAAAGUAAGGUAACGAACUUUUAACAUAUGAAAAAUAAAUCGUAUAUCAACACAUUUAAGUAAAACACCUUGAAAACAUUCCUUGUACAGCAAUAAAUGUACACAGAGUACAAACAAAACAUAUACUAAACAAUACGGUUAAGAAAGUGUACAAACACCCUCUUUGCAGUUGUACAUUUAUUUCCAAAGGGCACAUAAGAAAAAUGUCAACCUAUAAAAGAAAAAAGUCUUUUAAAUGUUCCGUGUGUAUUUAUGAAACCACUACAAAAGCGAAUUUGAAAAAACAUAUGUUAAGACAUACAGGUGAGAAGCCUUAUAAAUGUUCCCUUUGUAUUUAUUCAACUGUUGAAAAUUCUUACUUAAAGACACACAUGUUAACCCACACAAAUGAAAAACCUAUUAAAUGUUCCCAGUGCAGCUACGAAACUACUAAAAAUGUACAUUUGAAAAGACAUAUGUUUAAACACGCAGGUGAGAGACCUUAUAAAUGUUCCUUGUGUAGCUUUGCAUUUAUUACAAGCUCAGAGUUGAAGAAACACAUGUUAAUCCACGCAGGCGAGAAAUCUUUUAAGUGUACUGUGUGCAGCUAUACAUCUAUUACUAAUUGGGAAAUGAAGAAACACAUGUUUACACACACAAAUGAAAAACCUGUUAAAUGUUCUCUGUGCAACUUUGCUUGUACAACAAAUUCAAAGUUGAAAUCACAUAUGUUUACUCACACAGGUGAGAAACCAUACCAAUGCCUCAUGUGUAGCCGUUCCUUUACAUCAAGAUCAGGCCUGAAGGACCAUGUUUUAAACCACACAGGUGAGAAACCUUAUAAAUGUUCUCUAUGUGGCCAAGAAUUUGCUUCAAAUGGUAUUAUGAAGAGACAUACGUUUAAACACACAGGUGAGAAACCUUUUAAAUGUCCUUUGUGUGAUUAUGCUUUUAUUACAAAGUCAGAGGUGAAGAAACACAUGUCAACGCACAGAAAACAAAACAUAAAUACUCCCUGUGUAACUUUGAUUUUACCUCAAAUAAUACUAAACUGAAGAUUCAUAUGUUAACCUAGAGUUUAGAAACCUCACGAGCGUCUUUGAGCAUAUAUUCUGAAACACCUUAAUUACACAAGAAAGACAAUAAUACACACAGAAAUGAGCAUCACUAUAAAUGGUCUCAGUAUAGUUAUGUAUCAACUACAAUGAACAUCUAAAUAGAUAUGAUAAGAUAAUGCAGGAGGGAAAUCUUUUAAAUGUGUUGUAAUGCAUCUAAAAAUUGUGAAGUGAAGUAACAUGUUAACACACACACACACAGAUAAAACACUUUAUAAACAUUAUAUGUGCAAUUUACAUUGUACAAGUAAUACGAUGAGAUGCAUAUAUUAACCUACACAGGGGAAACAAUACAAUGAUUCUUUGAGUAUCUCUUGAGUAUUUUUACACACUACCUGCCUUAGAGAACAUUUAAAUACACACUCAGACAAGAAACCUUUAACUUUCUCUUUGUAGCUAUGAAUCGUUCUAGUAAUGAACAUGUAAGAUACAUAUUAACAUAUCGGGAAAUAAGGAACCAUGUUAACGCAGUUGAUGUGUCUAAUGUGUUCUCUUUGUAGCUGUGCAGGUACUACAAAUUGGGAAGUAAAAAAAAAACACGCAGAUGCAACACCAUAAAUGUCAUUCGUGUGACUUUAUAUAGCCAAUUUUGAACUCUAAAUACAUGAAGUAUUUACUAUCACAGGUUAUUACCUUACAAAUUCUCAUACACAGCUAUUUUUCAUCAAUAUCAAGCCUGAAGGGACAUACGUUAUCCCAAUGUCAUAAUGCUUUUAGUAGAAUGAAAGGCACAAUAACAAUCUUGUUAUUUGGCACUGUCCAAUUUUUCCAAAGAAUGUUUAUAUGCUCUUCGACAAGCUUCUUUGUGAUGUUUUUUUAUACAGAAGUGUUCAUUAUUAAGUACCUUUUUCAUAAUAAAAUUAUAAAAAUCAA